CGAACCGGUUAUUGAUCUGACUACAUUUCGUUGAUGUGAACGUUCCUUCUGGAAGACAUUCGACCUGCACUUAUACAUUUCACAAAAUAUCAAUGUACAUGCAGUAACAUCAGACGAUUUGGACCUGAAAGUAACAUCGAUACGAUCUUAAAAGUGACGUUCAAAUUCGCGCUCUUUUCGAAUGUCGCCAUAAAGUUAUUGAAUGAUAGACAUGAAUGAGCAUCUGUCGUUUCACCGAGUGUAGAAGUAAAACUUUGGUAAGGCACAUAUUUUGGUGAAAGUGCUGACGUGGGACUGUACAGAUCAUAAAGGAUUCGACACCAUGCCCGUCCCAUUUCUCAGGAUGUGCACCACACGAUGCAAGCGUCUCUGGACUCUAGCAGCAAUGGUCAUCACAGCCUUCCUAGUCCUCUACGCCGUGAUGUCUCUCGGAGGAAAUGAUGAGAGAGAUGAUAAGCAAAUGGGGGUUGUAAUGACCAGAAGUGAAGGCGAUCUCACGCACAUAAAACCUCAGGAAAUACUGGAAAAGGUUAAAGAGGUAGUCGAGACAGACGUAGAAGGAACACAAAAUAUGAAUAUAAAAGAAGAUGAAGGCGAACUUAACGACAAACUGUUUGAAAAUACUGAUGAAGGAGGAAACGGCGCAGAAGAACAGGAUGAUGAAAGAACUCAAGAAAUUUUUGGUUGUGACGCAUGUGGAGAGUUCGUUGAAGAUGUGGAUAUUCCCUUUGAAAUGACAACCAGACGGAUUAUAGGAGAACAAACUAGGAUCGGAGGGUACGGACUUGGCGAUGAACCACAAGCGAUUGGGAUGAACCAAACUUUCAAAAUUCUUACACCAGAGGAGAAAGAGCUUCGGAGACAGGAGAGAGAGAACAAGACUUUAGCGAGAGCAGCAGAAAAGGAGCUGAGAGAAGCACUGCGGAUAGAAACAAGGAACAACAAGGAAAUUGCUCGGGUCGAGGAAAGGAAGCGACUGGAAGCAUUGACCAACAUCACGCACUCUCAGAAGAAGCGGAAGCUAAGGUUGGAAAAUUCCUGCGGAAAGUCUGUUUACCUCAAGUACCAGAACUUGCUGUACAAAGACACCCUGCGGCACUUGUUUGUGGUGGACAGCCAGAAACUGCUGUUCUGUUAUAUUCCAAAGGUUGGAUGCAGCAACUGGAAGCGCAUCCUCAUGGUUCUCGCUGGCAAAAGGAAAAUGAUCGACGGUAUCACUUCUAGAGAGGCACACUCACGGAAUGGUUUGACUCACUUCGGCUCGUUGUCCAAGGCCGACCAGUUCUACCGGCUAAAGAACUACCGGAAGGUCAUGUUCGUUCGGGAACCCUUCACGAGGAUCAUAUCAGCAUACAAGAACAAGUACAAGGAUCUUAACGUGUUCCGUCUAGCACCGGAAUACCUGAAGCAGGUCGCUCGAAGGAUUAUGAGGAAGUACCGUCCUGGAGCCACUCCGCGAGAUCUAAUCACCGGUGAAAACAUCACCUGGGCAGAGUUCACAGAUUACUUGGUCGAUCCUGCAGAGCGCCCUCAGUUUGACGAGCACUGGAAGGAGAGCUAUAAGCUCUGCUCUCCCUGUAAGAUCAAGUAUGAUUUCAUUGGAAAGCUUGAAAACAUUGAAAAGGAGGCAAACUACGUCUUGCAAAAUUCAAACUUUACUCUUAAUCUAACUUACCCGAGUUCUACAAAUAGUCACCCAACAAACAGUGCUUCGUUGAAUAUAAGUAAUUUUUUUGAUAGUUUCUCCAAAGAAAAAGUACAGGCGCUUUGGGAUAUGUACAGAAUUGACUAUGCCCUCUUCGAUUAUGAAAAACCAUCAUUUGUGCCUUAAAGAUAAAGCCCCGUGCACAUUUAGGAACUUCAGAGUAAAUUAUGAACGAAAUGAAAUGAAAUGAAAUAAAAUGAAGUUAUAGUUGCCAUUUUAAGGUAAUAUUUACAUUAAAAAAAAAACAUUUUGUUUAUUGUACAGUAAGUAUAUAUAGGCCAAUUUCUCAAAGUGGGAACAUAAAAGUAAAAGGCAAAAUUAAAUUUCAUUUCCAUCUCCAUUGCAAACUUCAUGCCAAGCAUUUGCAGACACCCAUAUGGGAAACUUUUGUAUUUAAACCAAACCAAAAAUGCUGCACCAAUGAUCGUCCAUAGUAUGAAUGGUGUCAAUUAGCCU